AUGAUACAAAACCAAAGUUAUUUAACAGUUGCUGAUAAUAGUGGUGCAAAAAAAAUAAUGUGUAUAAGAGUAUUAGGGACAAGUAAUCCUCAUUAUGCAAGUCUUGGAGAUAUUAUUAUUGGCGUUGUAAAAGAUGCAUUACCUAAUAUGCCAAUAAAGAAGUCUGAUAUUAUAAGAGCUGUUAUUGUAAGAACUAAGAAGACUUUACGUAGAAAAGAUGGUAUGAGUGUAAGAUUUGAUGAGAAUGCGGCUGUUAUUAUAAAUCAGGACAAUAAUCCUAGAGGUACAAGAGUAUUUGGGCCAAUUGCACGAGAGUUACGUGAUAAAAAUUUUUCAAAAAUUAUAUCUUUAGCAACUGAGGUUGUAUAA